ACAUAUUUAUUGCCGCUACCCGAUAAUCAAUACAUGUCGGAUAUUUCCAAGAGAGAUCAUCGCAUUUUUUCUGGACCCCUUCUUGGACCCCUUCACCGGUCCUUGCCCCACAACGCUUUGCUUGCGACUAAGCGAUCUGAAAUUACGAACGUGCAGAAACUGCAAAAAUUGUGGAUAGAAUUGUCACUCGUCAUUUUCACUUAUUCGUUGAUCUUGUGUCCUCACCUGAUUCCGAAAAUAGACAUCGCCGCACCAACAGGUAUGAUCCCUGUUCAACAUAUCCACAGUACGUCUCGGGUAUACACAAGAGUCAUGCGGCCUUCAAGCAAUUCGUCCUCUGGAUCCGAUUAUAAUGGAGGUACUUCAUCUCGCGGGUCCAGCGAAUUUGCCUCCCUUCCUACGGGAUCUCCUCCUUCCGCGCUAGAGUCGAGCAAUUCGUCCGUCAAGUCGGGGUCGGUCGCAUCGAGUUCAAUCAAUAAACGACCGGCGCUCAAGUCUGCCUUAAAGACUCACAGGUCUUCCCCUAGCUUAGGCGUGCGAUUUUCUCUUCCCGAACGACCACCGGAUUUUUUAGAAAUGGAGGACGAAACACCUGUACCGCCUCUGCCGGCAAAAGAGUGGCCUCUUCCUACCACUGGAAUCGAGAUACGAAUCAGCAAUCCAUCGAAUGUCACUAUCACAAGAACUCAGUCGAAUGAAGGACCAGUUCCACAAGAGAAUGUACAGAUGAUACGACCGGUUCUACCUAAACGCUUCUCUAUGCCAGCACCGAUCUCCCACAGAGACAGAAACCGCAGGUCUGCGCCUCCUUCACGAUACUACGCCUCCCAGCCCAGGGUACCCGUCCCUCGAGUCUUAUCAUAUGAAUCUACGGUGUCCGCACCAGCAGUUCUCGAUACAGAAUCUUUGCCAGUAUCUCCGUCACAGCCCCCCUCACAAUACAACCCGCUACAACACUAUGUCCCGUGCCAAGCACCGUCAUGCGAUAAACACUACACAUCGUUGCUACUGGGACCGACAUUCUACCUCCCUCAACAACCAUACCAACUCGUUCGCCUCAAAGGUCUUUGCGCAAACUGCGCAAGUCGGGAUUUAAACCUCGCAAACGAGAAAACAAAGCAAACGUUUGAGUCUAUGCGACAAAAUGCCGGUCGUAAAACCCUCGGACAAAUCGCCGUCGAGUUCGAAAUCUACAAGCAGCAACUUCAGGAAGAUCGCGCUCGAGAAUCUGCAGCUCUAAAGACCCGCCAAAGAACCAAAGUUCUCAAAGUGGCUGAAAAUGGCGUUUCCAAGAAAGCAAAAUCACAUGUCCCUUCCUCAGCGGGCGGUGAAGGAGAUAAUGAAGAUGAUGUUUGGGAUUGGCGAUAUACUCCACGUCCAUGUACCCGCGCAGACUGCCAUACACAAUGGUUCUCUCCAUUUGACAACAAACUCUACCUACUCUACCACACACCACGGCCUUCCAGUCUUAUUCCGCUCUCAACGCUGUGUCCGCGCUGUGCAAGAACUGAUGUUGAGGCCGCAGAGGAACGCAUGGAAAAGCGGAAAAAUGAGACUGCUACGGAAUCAGAAGUGGCCUGGGAAGAAUGGUGUGCAGAGAUGAAGCGAGAUCGAGUAAUGGAAAUUGAAUUCUCGGAGAAGAAGCAGGAGAGCGCUGUGAGGAAGGAAGGAGUUGUAUUCAGUGGUGGAAUUACCGCGGAGAUAAAGGGCAAGGAAGUGGUUGUGGAAAGCGAGGUGGCUGGAGAGAGCAAGAAGAAAGGAAAAAGGGGAAUCAAGGGUAAGUUGGAGAAGGUAAAGGAUAUCUGUGUUGUUAUGUGA